GGGCGGGGCCUUCGGGAGGGGAAAGGAGCGGCUCCGGGCGCCCUCGGCUGGGGCGGCGGGUCGAGGCUUCUGUAGAAAGCCUGUCCCGACCCCCAUCUCCCCCCAGGUUGCUGCCUGCGCGUGCGGCCCGGAACUCCCAGCGGCCUCGGCACCGGGCCCUGCACGGAGCAGAAGUCUAAGAACAUGGUGGAGGGAAUGAACGAAUGAGUGAUGACUGAGUGAUGGGUAGAUAGGUGAUCAAGAGCUAGGAGCCGUGUUCGGAAACGAAGUCCCGGGGCUCAGAGUUCUCCGGCUGAGUACCAGCUACUCCCACCCCCCCCGCCAUGAAUCCUGCAGCUCAGAAACAUUUUUAGGGACCGUCGUAAUAGGAAAAGGCGGUAGUGUAAAGCGCACCAGGUGGCUAGUCUCGAGUCUCUGAGUCAUAAUUUUUGAGGCUACAGAGGCUGUUUCUUGAUCUAUAAAGUUGGACUUUCCAGUAGUCAGUUGACAGCAUGUAUGCGAUAGCACAUAUGGAAACGUCAGUGUCUGGCUACAAAAUUUUACUCUCCGUUACUUGCCGAACAUGAUCCAGAACUCAGGGGCGGGGCUACAGAAUGAGUGACGUUGGAGCCUGCCGACUGCGAAGAUGCAGCCAGUCUAGCGCUGGAAGAUAGAGAUGGCUCCCAGUUUUCCAACUCUGAAGUGUUUUCCUAUCAAAGCAAAGAGAAGAUUUGUGGAUGUUGAAUAUGCAAGGAGCUGAAGAGCAAGAGCUCGGAAGAGAGGUUUGUCCAGAUUUGAUGAGCAAGUCUGUUCCAGAGCAGGAUGUCUCUGAAAUUGAUUCACCAGGGAUAGUAGCAAAGAGAUUACAAGACGAUGCAUACCAGGAUUCUACAUUUGGAGAAAAAUAUGCAUGUGAGAGCAUGAAGGAAAACCCUUCUGGAGAGGUUCCUGGAUCAUGUCUUUUCAAAGAAGGAGGUUUUGGGGGAAUAACUUUUAUCCACAAGGAAGCAUCUCCUGAAAUGAUUAGCCAAGAAUAUAAUUUUGAGAGAAGCUUACUUUUGACUUCAAGCUUUGUUACACAUCUCAGGGUUUCUACACAAGAGAGCCUACAUCAGUGGGAGACAAGUAGCAUACACACCAAUGAGAUUUCAGACCAGAGUAAAUGUCCAACCCUCUCUACACAGAAAAAGCCUUGGGAAUGUAAUGAAUGUGGAAAAACUUUUACUCAGAGCUCAUCCCUUACCCAGCAUCAGAGGACUCAUACUGGAGAGAGGCCCUAUGCAUGUGAGGAAUGUGGGAAAGCCUUUAGUCGUAGCUCCUUCCUUGUUCAACAUCAAAGAAUUCACACUGGAGUAAAACCAUAUGGAUGUGAGCAGUGUGGGAAAACAUUUCGGUGUCGGUCGUUUCUUACUCAGCAUCAGAGAAUCCAUACUGGAGAGAAACCUUAUAAAUGUAAUGAAUGUGGGAAUUCCUUCCGCAAUCAUUCACAUCUCACUGAACAUCAGCGAAUUCACACUGGAGAGAAACCUUACAAAUGUAAUCGAUGUGGGAAGGCAUUCAAUCAGAACACACACCUCAUUCAUCAUCAGAGGAUUCACACUGGUGAGAAACCUUAUUUAUGCAAUGAAUGUGGCUCUUCUUUUCGUAAACACUCAAAUCUUACACAACACCAGAGAAUUCACACUGGGGAAAAACCCCAUAAAUGCGAUGAAUGUGGGAAAACUUUUCAAACAAAGGCAAACCUCUCUCAGCAUCAGAGAAUUCAUACUGGAGAGAAACCCUAUAAAUGUAAGGAAUGUGGCAAAGCCUUUUGUCAGAGCCCAUCCCUUAUUAAACACCAGCGAAUUCAUACUGGAGAAAAACCUUAUAAGUGUAAGGAAUGUGGCAAAGCAUUUACUCAGAGCACCCCACUCACUAAACAUCAGAGAAUUCAUACAGGGGAGAGACCCUACAAAUGCAGUGAAUGUGGUAAAGCCUUCAUUCAGAGCAUUUGCCUCAUUCGGCAUCAGAGAAGUCACACUGGAGAAAAACCCUAUAAGUGCAAUGAAUGUGGGAAGGGCUUUAAUCAGAAUACCUGCCUCACUCAGCAUAUGAGAAUUCAUACUGGAGAGAAGCCCUAUAAAUGUAAAGAAUGUGGGAAAGCCUUUGCUCAUAGCUCAUCUCUUACUGAACAUCACAGAACACACACUGGUGAGAAGCUCUAUAAAUGUAGCGAGUGCGAGAAAACUUUCCGCAAGUAUGCACACCUUAGUGAACAUUACAGAAUUCACACUGGUGAGAAGCCUUAUGAAUGCAUUGAAUGUGGAAAAUUCUUCAGACAUAGUUCAGUCCUUUUCAGACAUCAGAAACUUCACAAUGGUGAAUAACCCUGGCAUUCAGGUUAUGACAGCUUCUCUAGAAAUAGUGACUAGGAAUCUGGCUGGGGCCAGGGCGGGCAGGUACAUUUCCUGGAGGGAGCACCGACUGUUACACUCAGAAGAGUAUUUCCAGUUACGGAGGCGGGAGCUUGGAGAAUGCAGAGCCUACAGCUGGGCAUCUGGGAAUUCAGGGUAGAAAGGAAGUUCCCUGCUUUUCAGAUGAACCUUUGCUGCUUGCCACUUCUCCUUGUGACUUUCAUACCUUGAGGUGCCAUUGUUAAGUUAGCACUUGUGUUUCCCCUACUGCACCCCUGCCCCACCUUCCCGGCUUGUGACCUGUGUUCUCUGGCCAGUAGGCUGAGGUGCUUUCCCAAACAUUCAGUGUGAAAGUGGCAAGAGUUCUGAGGUAGUGCUAAGUAGCCUCCAGGUAUCUGAGGCUGCUUUCAACAUGCGAUCUGUAGACGGGGUCUCAUGAAGGAGAGGCGGAAAUAAGGGAAAACAAAGAACCCUUAUUCAUUCAUUCAACAAAUAAGGGCGUAUGUGGCAAGCACUGGGCUUAUGUCUACAGAUAUGUUAGUGAAGGAGGCUUUUCUUGGGGUGAGGGAGAUCGUUCCUGAUCCUUUCAAGAUGGAAGGCAAUUUGGGGCUAAAGUGGAAGUAGGAGGUCAAGAGAAACUUCUCUUGAGUGAUGCCAGUUUGGAAAGGGAGUCAGAUCUGCUCAGAGGGCCAGGAAGAGGAAGGUCCAAACUUUGUCCCAGAGGAACACUGACUUACCCAGGAGGGACAUAGUAUGUGCUAGGCUGCUGGUGCUGAGGGACAACGUCCAAACAACUGUUCAUGGGUGUUUAGGGAGGGGAAACCAUUGGUGCUAAAGACAGCCUUUUAGGUUGGCUGCAUUCAGGGCUGCCCGGACCAGUCCUUAAGAGAAUGUUGGUCAUUGUAGCAGGGAGGGCUAGGUUUCAUUUAAUUAUGCCAUUGGUAGCUAUAAACAGAUUAGUUAGGUUUCAGAUGUUUCCAUUUUUAUUGGCACUAUCUUAUUCUUGGAUAUUUUACCCUUCCCUGCAGGUUAGGUGUAAUUAGGGAAACACUGUCAUGGGAUACAUUUGGAAAGUAUUCUAGAGAGAAUUACCUCUUUUUCAAAUCCUUGAAUGUUGAGACAGCACAGUUAGCCACUGACUAUGAUGGUAUUUUAUUCUUUUAAGAGAGAAGGCAUGUUUUUUUUCCCUUUAUUUCCUUACUCCCUUUCAUGUUCUUCACUGCUACCCAGAGCUUGAGCUCUGAGAGAUGAGGUGAGGAUAGCCGUUGUCUGGUAUUUGGAAGAGUUUCUAUGCUCUGAAGUUUAUACAGUUUUAAAAUAAUGACUUAAAAACAAAGUCAGUUGAUUCUGGAAUGGUUGGUUACUUAGAACUCAGUAUUAAUUUUUUUCCAGAGCAACUGUCUUGUAAGUAGUGGUUUGAGCUAUUAAUUACCAUGAAUAGGAACGUGGCAGAAAUAUCACUCUUCCUCUCUAGCUGUGAAGAGUAUGUUUUCAAAACCUGCCACAGGGCAACUAAUAAUUGAGUAAAUCAAUGCUUUAUGGACAAAAAUAACCCUGUUAAAACUUCAUGUUCAUGAAAAAUUACAUUAUUGAAAGGAAAUAUUGAUGUAUUUGUACUAAGUGAAAAUAACGCUAAAGAAUUCAUUGCUGGCACAUAGUAAAUGUGUAAUAAAUAUUUGUUGAAUUAAUAUAUUUUAAUCAAACUUUGCCCACCAGAAACUUUAGCAACUUCCUGGGUUAUGUAGGUGUUUAGAAUAUUUAUACACUACUAUCUUUAGAGUCUUGAGAUUAGAGAGAAUUGGGAGAGUUUUCUUAAGGAAGAAAUGGGAAAUCUAAGGAUGAGACAUCUCCCAACUUUUUGUUCGAAAGGUUUUUAAAAAGAGAAUAGACACAACUCUUUUUUAAAAUGGUACCAUUUUUUGGUACCAUUUUCACUUCCUGGGAAAACAGGAAGGAAAGGAACUUGUCAUCUUUCCGCUCUCCUUAUCCCAUAUUCUCACACUUGCAAAUAUUUGCUCCUGGCAAAAUUCUCUCAUUCGCUGGCCAACCAUGUGCCUACUUACUCUAGCUUGGCCCCAAAUCCUGGAAAUGCCCCCUCUGUCAAUCUUGUACUCAGUCUUCGUAUCCAAGCAGCCACUGUAUCCUGCUUACAUCUCCUAAAUCUCAAAGCCAUUUCCAUUGCUACUGCUUUAGUCCACUCCCCAGUUUAUUUCCUAGACCAUUUUCCUAUUUUCCCAGUCAGUCUUCCAGUUACCCCACUAGGCCGUCUUUCACAUUUCUUCUUGAUGGUCUUUGAAAGACACAACUAGCAGUGCUGCUGUUACCUCAGAAUAUUCUAGCCCCUUAAAAGGCACAUAAGGCUCCUAUGUUGGCCCAUGCCUACAUCAUCAUCCUCAGGUGCCAUUCCCUGCAUUGCAUGCUGUUCCAUUGUGCAAAUUCCGUGAUUCCCCAUCACUGCUGGACUCAGCUUUGGCACCUUUUGCACAUCCUGUUUUUAUUGCCUCAAUAUCCUUCCUUCUGCUUGCCUGGGAAGCUCCCCUUUGUCACUUGUGAACGUGCUCAUGCAACAUCUCCUUUGAAGCUGUGUCUGGCCUCGCAUAUUUUUUAUUUUUGUAUUUUAUAUCUUCAUUUUGUUUAUCAUGUUGCAUUGUAAUGGCUUGUUUACAGAUCUUUUCCCACUGAACUAUCAGCUCCGUCAAAGCUGGGACCAUGUGAUAUUUAUUCAGGUUUGUAUCCACAGUCCCUGGAAUUUAGAGUGUGUUCAGUAAAUAUUUGCUGAGCUACACUAAAACGUUGAGUCACACAUUUCUCCAUGCCUCCCUGCCAGGCUAUAACUUAGGUCCACAGUCACCAGCAGAAAGGAGGUGUGGUAAGUAUAGGACCGUGUCCAUGAAGUAUUUGCCAGGCGCGAGAACUCCAAACCUUUCCCCAAGAUACAGAUGGUGUGGUUGUAUUAAGCAGAGGGUCUCUUAAGAGAAAGUAACCUUUUGUAGCAAAACCCCCCAAAACUCCACUUGUUAUAAAUUAGCCAUUUAAAUGUCCCAUCACAAUUUAACCGAGUAUUUUCAGACGUCACAUUGAUGUCAGGGUCAACCGGAAGAGGCAAAUGCAGCUGUAGAAGCACAACCACUUCAGCUGGAAUAUCCCUGAAAUAAGCAGGAGCUGAAUAGUGAUGCUGGCCUGGCAGGAGAGCGAUUGAGCUUAGUAGCAGUCCCAACCAUGGAAGCGCUUCCUGAGCUCAUGGCUUUCCUUGGCUCAGGAUGAUAAAGAGCUGGAAUAUGUUGCUUAUUCUCAGUGUGCUGAAAUGUAGUAUGUGAUUUCAGAAGGACAUGGCAUGAGGCCACAUCAGAUCCUCAAAACUAAUAGAGACAACAGGUGGUUGGACUUGCCCAAGGUCACACCGCUAGAAAGUGUCAUGUGAAAUUUAAAUUCCUGUAUCUUUUCUUGCUUUUCCUUCAGAUUUCUCUUUAUUGGUCAUACUUCUGUUCCAUGAUGCCCCUUUAGUUGUUUAUUAUAGAGUUGACCACUUAGGGCUCCACUCUUGCCCUGCUUGUGAGGAUGGGAGGAGCUUGUUUUAAGAUUAUAUUUAUUUUGAAAGUUUAUUAUUUUUUUAUUUUGAAAGAUGGCACAAGUGGGGGAGGGGCAGCAAAGGAGAGGGACACAGAAAGGAUCCCAAGCCGACUCUGCACUGCCAGCACACAGUCUAACGUAGGGCUUGAACCCACAAACCGUGAGAUCAUGACCUGAGCUGAAGUCGGAUGCUCCACUGACUGAGCCACCUAGGUGUCCCUUAAGAUUUUAUUUUUUAAGUAAUCUCUGUACCCAAGAUGGGGCUUGAACUCACAAUCGCAAGAUCAAGAGUCACAUGCCCUACUGACUGAGACAGCUGGGUGCCCCUGAGAGCUCCUUUUAGAUGAAAAAGCUUUUUUGCCCUCAGACCUUCCUGUGUGUGAGUGUGAGAAAUAAAAUGGUUUUGCAUUUUGA